AUGCUCUCUCUCCAUCCUCUCCCUCAUCUUCUCUUCCACCACUCUAUAGGCGUUUCGCUUGUGAAGUAUGGGGAAGAAGCCCUCGACCAAGAAGUCAACUUCCCAGAAAUGCUGAGAAGGCAAAGUUGUAACUACUUGGGUGACGCCAAACAAGGCGGCAAAGGGAAAAAAACAACCGUUCUAUUGUAA